UUUGUUUUGCAGUAUCUAUAUUGGGAGAAGGUGCAGCCAAGCACCGGUCCGCGGUAUGAUCCUUUAGCGCUGUUGAGCCCCUUGAUGAGGAAUUGGACAAAAGCGGCAGCAGAGAAAAGAGACAAGUACGACUUUCAAUAUGGUAGUGGUGUUGGAAUGGUAAUACGUUAAAUAUAUUUUUUUCAUUUAAGUCUGCAAUUAAUUAUUAAUUAAAUAUGAUUGUAUGAUUCUUAUUUAUGUUGUAGAUCGAUGACACCAUUACUGAAGAGUACCGAUUAAACAAAAUUAGAAUGGAACAGGCUGAAAAUAACAAGAAAUCCAGUACGAGAAAGUCUAGCAUUACUGGAAGGAGAACAGGUGUGAGUACAUCUAAGGCUUCAGCUACCCGGAACCCUAUUAUGGAUCGGAUUUUGACUGAGCUGAAGCACAUUCGUAAGGACAUGCUUCGUAUGCCGGAGCUAUGCAUACAGGUACAAGUUUUCUUAUUUUGCCGUUCACUUUGUUUUUUGAUGUGUGACAUAACUAAUUACAACUAAUUUUUAAUCACAGAGUGUCAUGGAGAAAUUGAACAAAAGCGUUGUAUUCUACAAAGCCGGUGAUAUUGAAAAAGAAGAAGAGAAUGAGUAUGGUGAAAAUAGUGAAACUAGAAACUAUGAUGGAAAACCUCUUAAAGAAUUUGUAUAUAAUCCUGGCAUGGACAAUUUCAAAACACCAGGAAAAAAGAAUGUGCAAGAGGAUGAUGAAGAUGAUAUUAAUGAUUCUGAAGAGAAGAGACCUUAUUAUUGCACACCUGAAUAUUUUGAUAGUUUCAAGGGUGAUAAAGAAGAUCCUAUCGAAGUUCCUGAGGUAUUUGAUGAGAAAUCCGUUACAUCUUUAGGAACAUAUGAAAUCGCAUCACGUGGAUCCGUAGAUUCUAUUGGAGAAGAUGAGGUACAGGAGGAGGUUGUAGGGAAACGGAAGCGGAAGGUAUCAAACCUUAUAAAGUCUCCUUAUGUGCCAGUUAUACCGACAAAGCGUGCAAAACGUUCAGCAAAAGCAAGUGAGUUUUAUCAUAUUGUUUUCGAGCUGAACUUACUACUUAUCAUUGACUUAUUAACAUAUUACCGUCAUGUAUUGCAGAACUACUCGAGAAAGAAGUCUUUCAAGAUGAAUACGAUGUGAUUAAAGCUAGUGUUAAGUUUGUUCGUGCUUAUGAGCGGUCAGCAAAAUAUAGAAAGAAGGAAAUAUUCAAUGAUGGCAUGCGCGAAGGUCUCAGUGUAGUGCAGAGAGGGCUUGUAAGAUUCUUGACCAUCAAUGGCUAACCGGUGAUGUAAGUUAUUGUUGUGUUUUCUAUUAGCAUUCAAUGCAAAUUGAAAUUGUUAUACAUCAUUUAAAUUAUUUUCAGGUUAUCAAUGCUUAUUCGUCGUA